CAAAUAUAGUGUAAUGAUGAUGGUGGUGGUGGUGAUGAUAGAUACGUAUGGGUGGGUGCAACAGAUCCCUCCUCUAUCUUGGCAAGGUGUGUUUUGGGGAGGGGUCCUGUGCCCUCCUCCGGGCAGGAAGGGGUUAACCCUCCUCCUUCUCCUCCUCCUCCUCCUCCUCCUCUAUAAAGCCUCCUCCUUCUCUUCCCUGCUCCGGAGUCACUCCGGUUCCUCCUGGAAGGAAGGCAGGCAGGCAGAGAGGCAGAGGCAAGUGGGAGCCGCCUGGGAGGGGGCUUGGAGGGCACAUUUGGGGGGCUGAGCAGGGACAGACUUGGGGGGACACUGGGGUUAGUUUGGGGAGGAUAGCAGUCACCUUGGGGUCAGCAGGAGGAACUUCUGGGGUUCCCUUGGGUGGGGUUACUUUGGGAGCCAAGUCAAUGGGGGUGGGUUAGAACUGGGGUGUCACCUGGGAUAGUUUUGGGGUACAGUGGGACAAAGGAUAGGACCCUGCAGUGAGUUAGAUCUGGGGUUGGAUCGACUGCAGGGCAGCUUCACAAUUGAGGAACGGUCUGGUCGGGGAGACUAACUUUCGAGGUGACAGUCAGCCAGGAACGGUCUGGUCUCGGAGACUUAGUUUCGGGGUGACCAUCAACCAGAGGAAACUUAGUUUCGAGGUGACUGUCAGCCAGAGGAGACUUAAUUUUGGGGUGACUGUCAGCCAGUAACGGUCUGGUCAGGGAGACUUAGUUUCGGGGUGACCGUCAGCCAGGAACGGUCCUGUUGGGGAGACUUAGUUUCGGGGUGACCAUCAGCCAGGGUCCAGUUGGGGAGACAUAGUUUCAGGGUGACCAUCAGCCAGGAACGAUUUGGUCUUGGAGACGUAGUUUCGGGGUGACCAUCAGCCAGAGGAGACUUAAUUUUGGGGUGACUGUCAGCCAGGAACGGUCUGGUCAGGGAGACUUAGUUUCGGGGUGACCGUCAGCCAGGAACGGUUUGGUCUUGGAGACGUAGUUUCAGGGUGACUGUCAGCCAGGAACAGUCCAGUCGGGGAGACGUAGUUUCGAGGUGUCCAUCAGCCAGGAACUGCCUGGUCAGGGAGACUUAGUUUUGGGGUGACUGUCAGCCAGGAACUGCCUGGUCAGGGAGACGUAGUUUCAGGGUGACCGUCAGCCAGGAACGGUCUGGUCUCGGAGACGUAGUUUCAGGGUGACCGUCAGCCAGGAACAGUCCAGUUGGGGAGACUUAGUUUCGGGGUGACCAUCAGCCAGAGGAGACUUAAUUUGGGGGUGACCGUCAGCCAGGAACAGUCCAGUUGGGGAGACGUAGUUUUGGGGUGACCGUCAGCCAGUAACAGUCUGGUUGGGGAGACGUAGUUUCGGGGUGACUGUCAGCCAGGAACGGUCUGGUCUCGGAGACAUAGUUUUGGGGUGACCGUCAGCCAGACGAGACUUAAUUUUGGUGUGACCGUCAGCCAGUAACGGUCCGGUUGGGGAGACGUAGUUUCGGGGUGUCUGUCAGCCAGAGGAGACGUAGUUUCGAGGUGUCUGUCAGCCAGGAAAGGCCUGGUUGGAGAGACUUAGUUUCCGGGUGACCGUCAGCCAGGAACUGUAUGGUCAGGAAGACUUAGUUUCGGGGUGACCGUCACCCAGCCGUUGGUCACGGUCAAGCGGGACUCCACCUGGGGUCCGGUGGGGUAGAGUUGGGUGAGAUCAGGACCUGGACGGGGACCAAGAGUGGGGCAGGGUUGGAUCUAAAGGGCAGUGAGUAUUUUUGGGAGGACACGGGGUAAAUUCGGGGCGUCAGUAGGAUAUGGGGUAGGUUCCGGGGCAAAGAGUCAAGCAGGUUAGAUUUGGGGUUGGGUUAGAUUUGUGGGGUGGCAUUUGAAGGGGAGUCGUUUGGGGAGGCUUGUGGGGGUCCCAAAUGCAGGGGGGUUAGGGAAAGGCCGUGCCCCUUGCCGUUACCAAAUGGGGUGAUGCCUCCGAAGGGUCAGGAAAGGGGUCUUCCCCACCCAAAAUUGGAAUCCACUCAAAGCAGAGACAGUUGAAAGGCGGGAUAACAACAAUACAAUAAUAAUAAUUUGAGGGGCCACAACACCCGCAAGUUUGGGUUCCUUCCGAAUCUGGAUCGAGGUCAGAAGAAGACCUCCAAAAAUUUUGGGUUCCUUCCAAAACUAGUCCAGUUAAAGGCCGCAGGGGAGGUCAAGGGUCCGGCGGUUUUGGAGACCCCAAAACGGGGUUCCCGUUGAGCCUACAGUCAAGGGUUCGAGCAGGACGGUGACUACCUAAAGGGGUGACCGGUGUCCAGCAGAGGUCAAAAGGGAGCUUUAGAGACCUCCUCGGAGUUGUCCAAGGGUCAGAAUGCAUCCUUCUUCUGGGAAUCCCUCUGGCCGUUUCCCGGAGCUGUGGUGCCUCCUGCAUCGCUCUUCUGGGAAUCCCUCUGGCCGUUUCCCGGUCCUGUUGGGCCUCCUGCUGACGCUUUUUUGCCGCCCGGACCCCUGUGCCGGAGCCGACUUGACCAUCGCGGUGGUUCUCCCCGAGCACAACACCAGCUACCCGUGGGCCUGGCCACGGGUGGGCCCGGCCGUGCGGAGAGCAGUGCGCGGGAUCAAUGCCCGGCGGGACCUGUUGCCGGGCUACACGGUCAAGCUGACGUUCGGCUCCAGCGAGGACCGGGAGGGCGCCUGCUCGGACUCCAUUGCCCCGCUCUCGGCCGUGGACCUUAAGAUGGGGGCCAACCCGUCCCUCUUCCUGGGGCCCGGCUGCGUCUACACGGCGGCCCCCGUGGCCCGCUUCACCCGCCACUGGGGGCUGCCGUUACUGACCGCCGCCGCCGAGGCCGUGGGCUUCGGACACAAGGAGGCCGAGUUCGCCUUGACCACCCGGACCGGGCCCAGCCACGGCAAGCUGGGCGAGUUCGGGACGCGGCUCAGCCGGCGCUUCGGGUGGACCCGCCGGGCCCUGCUGCUCUACUGGGACGGGCACAACGACGACCGGCCCUGCUACUUCGCCGCGGAAGGACUCUACCUCCAACUGCCCCGGCUCAACAUCACCGUGGAGGACAUCCCGUUCGUGGAGAGCAACUACACCGCCCUCCUCGGACACGUCAGGCAGAAGGCCCGCAUCGUCUACGUCUGCUGCGCCCCCGAGGUCUUCCGCAAGCUGAUGCUCCACGCGCACCGGGAGGGCCUCACCGCCGGCGAGUACGCCUUCUUCUACGUGGACCUCUUUGGGGCCAGUCUCCAAGGGUCCGUCUUCCCCGACCGGCGGCUUCCCUGGCAGCGCAACGACGGGGACGACGCCGUGGCGCGAGAGGCUUACAAGGCUGUGAUGAUCAUCACGUAUUCGGAGCCGACGAAUCCCGAAUACCGGCCUUUUUUGGAAGAAAUCAAGCGGGAAGCUCGGGCAGACUACAACUUCACCAUGGAAGAUGGGCUGAAAAACUUCAUUGCCGCCGCCUUCCAUGACGGAGUGAUGCUCUACGCCCAUGCCGUGAACGAGACGUUGGCGCUGGAGGGCUCCAUUGCCAACGCUACGGCCAUCACCCCUCGGAUGUGGAACCGCACUUUCUAUGGGGUCACGGGGUUCAUGCGGAUCGACCCAAACGGUGACCGGGAAACGGACUAUUCGCUCUGGGAUAUGGACCCCGCAUCCGGGGAAUUUGAGAUCGUUGCCAAUUACAACGGGACCACCAAGGAGAUCGAGAUGGUUGCCGGAAAGGACAUCCAUUGGCCAGGAAAUGCCAUCCCCAGAGAUGUGCCCUUCUGCGGGUUUGAAAACAGCAACCCCGCCUGUCGAAAAGCCUCCUUCUCCUUGCUGGAAAUCCUAUCCCUGGCGAUGACCCUCCUCCUUUCCAUUGCCAUCAUUGCUGCCUUCUUCGUCUACAGGAAAAUGAAGCUGGAGAAAGAGCUGGCGGCGGAGCUGUGGCGCGUCCAUUGGGAGGACGUCCAGUCGAGCAACUUGGAGAAGAACCUGCGCAGCAUGGGCAGCAAGCUGACCCUCUCCCUGAGGGGUUCCAACUACGGCUCGCUGCUCACCACCGAGGGACAGGUCCAGGUUUAUGCCAAGACGGCGUAUUACAAAGGCAACCUCGUGGCCAUCAAACACGUGAGACGGAAGCGCAUCGAUUUGGCACGCAACGUGCUUUUCGAGCUGAAACACAUGCGAGACGUCCAAAGCAAGCACCUGACCCGCUUCAUCGGGGCUUGCAUCGACGCCCCAAACAUCUGCAUCCUGACCGAAUAUUGCACUCGGGGGAGCCUCCAGGAUAUCUUGGAGAACGACAGCAUCACCUUGGAUUGGACCUUCCGCUAUUCGCUCACCAGCGAUAUUGUCAAGGGCAUGCUCUUCCUCCACAACAGCGCCAUCGCCUCGCACGGCAACCUGAAGUCCUCCAACUGCGUGGUGGACAGCCGCUUCGUCCUGAAGAUCACCGACUACGGACUGUCCAGCUUCCGCCAGGGUCCCGAGACGGAGGAUUCCCACGCCCUCUUUGCAAAGAAACUGUGGACGGCUCCCGAGCUCCUGCGCAUGGCGAUGCCUCCACCGGCGGGAACCCCGAAAGGUGACGUCUACAGCUUUGGAAUCAUCUUGCAAGAAAUUGCCUUGCGGAACAGCGUCUUCUUCGUGGAAGACAUGGACCUCAGCCCCAAAGAGAUCAUCGACCGCGUGACGAGGGGCGAGCGCCCGCCUUUCCGCCCCUCGGCCAACCUCCCCCCGAACCUGGAGGACGUGGUCCUCUUGAUGCAGCGCUGUUGGGCCGAAGACCCCCAGGAGCGCCCCGACUUCCACCACAUCAAGGCCAUGCUGCGGAAGUUCAACAGGGACAACAGCUGCAACCUCCUGGACACCUUGCUCUCGCGCAUGGAGCAGUACGCCAACAACCUGGAGGAGCUGGUGGAGGAGCGGACGCAGGCCUACCUGGAGGAGAAGCGCAAGGCCGAGGUCCUGCUUUACCAGAUCCUUCCCCACUCGGUGGCCGAGCAGUUGAAACGAGGCGAGACCGUCGAAGCGGAGGCCUUUGACAGUGUCACCAUAUACUUCAGUGACAUCGUGGGGUUCACCGCCUUGUCGGCAGAGAGCACCCCCAUGCAGGUGGUGGCUCUUCUCAAUGACCUCUAUACCUGCUUUGAUGCCAUCAUAGAUAACUUCGAUGUCUACAAGGUAGAAACCAUUGGAGAUGCCUACAUGGUGGUGUCGGGCCUGCCGGUUCGCAACGGCCGGUUGCACGCUCGCGAGGUGUCCCGCAUGUCCUUGGCACUCCUGGAGGCUGUCCGUAACUUCAAAAUCCACCACCGGCCCGAUCAGCAACUCAAACUCCGGAUCGGGAUUCACAGCGGUCCAGUCUGCGCAGGUGUUGUGGGCCUGAAGAUGCCUCGCUAUUGCCUCUUUGGGGACACGGUCAACACAGCCUCGCGCAUGGAGUCCAACGGAGAAGCUCUGAAGAUCCAUUUGUCGGGCGCCACCAAGUCCAUUCUGGAGGAGUUUGGAUGCUUCGAAUUGGAGCUCCGGGGUGAUGUGGAGAUGAAGGGCAAAGGGAAACUCCGGACCUACUGGCUGCUGGGUGAACGGGUCAGCAGCACUCGGGGCUGACCAUUCGGGGCGUCUUGUUUAUCCCGGACGAACCCCCAGCUUUCCCAACGGAAGGGCGUCUUCUCAGGUUCUUGAGGCCCCCAGGACUGAACCCCGAACACAGUACCAUCUUGGGGACCCCAUUUCCACCACUACAGACAUCAGUUGCCCGGCAAAUCUGGGGGGCUCCAAAGACUGGACUUUUAGUGGUUGCCUUCUAACUCGGGACUGGGCAUCCGAAAUGGCUUUGGCAUGGACACUGGUCAUCUUCUGGACCCCGGUGUGGCCUCCCUGCCCGUUCAUACCCCAUACCUACGUACUUGUCCUUACAACGGUUUAGAUUUUCUAAUAAAAUGGAAAUAUCUC